AUGGAGAACGUGGCUCCUGACCUCUGCCGCCGCUGGGUACAACAUGCUAUCCGUCAGGAGGAUGCAGCAAGAGAAAAAAUCCGCAUAGACAGCGGUGGUGACGAUAGUGAGGACGACAUGAACAUAGUACCUCAGCUGGCUUCCGAUGAAGAAUCAUCUUGGGAGGAUUCGGAUUUAGAACUAGAUGAUCUUGAUUUGGAAGAUUUUGAAGAAAUGUAA